AUGAAGAAGGUCGAGGACGGCUACAAACUGAAGCUGUCCAUGGUGGUGAACCUGCUGGGCUUACCGGAGAACGCGCGGAAGUUGGCGGAGGCCCUCGGCGACAUCGUCGAUGACGAUGAACUCAACGCCCGCUCCACAGAGUUCGAUGAAUUCGUUGACAAAUUGCUCGAUCCGCAAGACAAGCACUUACGCCUUCCGGGCGAAGACAUAUUAUUCGACGCCCAUAUUACUCAGCUCCUCAAAGCUAUCAAGGCGGGUACGAGAGGUACCGCCGUCCAACGCCUGGUCGACAACACGACGGUGGAAAACCAAGCAGAAGGCGCCGUGCAAGGGGGACGUGCUGCACCCAACCCCAAGUUCCAGCCGAAUAAUGCCCUCCGGGAGCAGUUGAAGUCCAUUAGCCAGAUGGCACGCAAGCGCAAGCGUUCCGACACCGUCGAGGCAGAGCUGGAGGAAGAUCGUGGCCGCGACGACCUACCUGUGCCGCCUCCCCUGGACGAGGACGAUGAGAUCGCUGGUGCAGCGUUGCCAUUGGAUGGCACACAACAUCCUAGGUGGCACAACACCGCGGUGGACGUCCUGCUCGCGUCAGCCCCGAAGACGCCUGUCACGCCUCCGCCUCCUACUACGAGGCGGGUGAUGCGGUCGAUGGCGGCGCAAGACCUCGACAAGCUUCGCGUCCUCGCACGCACGACUUGCUCGAGCUGCGUGACGCCCACCGCUCACUGUCUCGCGACGUCACUGAGCUGA